AACGCUCCUAAGUCAGAACAAGAGCAGUUUUGCUCGUUUUCCAAUUUUGCCGACAUUACGUGAAUGCCACAUCAAGUAGGAACCACUUUCCGGAACAGGGAGGAGCUCAUAGUUCUCAUCGUAGACAGAUAUACACACGGAUUUCUGCGCUUUGGUUUGAUUAAACCUCAUUGUUGCUGAGCAGGAUGAUUGACGUCCGAGCAUGGGCAGAGUACGUGGUGGAGUGGGCUGCUAAAGACCCCUACGGUUUCCUCACUACUGUCAUACUGGCUCUCACCCCUCUCUUCAUUGCCAGUGCACUACUGUCCUGGAAACUGGCCAAGAUGAUCGAGGCACGUGACCGUGAACAGAAGAAAAAGCAGAAACGUCAGGAAAACAUAGCCAAAGCCAAGAGGACCAAGAAAGACUGAGCCUGUGAGGGGCAGGAUGAGGGCGUAAAAAAGGACGAGCAGCCAUCACGCUCACAGCCCUCCUUAUUCCAAAUAAUGACACGGUGCCCUUCCUUGUCCCAGCCCUACUGUCAACACAGGGCCACUAUGUCCAGGGUAGGAGGGGGGACACUGGACCCACAGACUUAACAGUGCUGAGAUGGACAGUACUGCCCGGAGGAGGCUUGUCCCAGUGGGACUUUGGUCAGCAAGAGUGCAGUGGUCAUCUGUGUGAUGCUUUUAUACAGAGAGCCACUGUUAUACUGUGCAGCUGUUGCAACACCUUGCAUUCCAUUGUCAGCAUCCCUGUUCUGAAGAAUUGAUCGUGUAAUGAACAUAUUGGGACUUUUUAAACUCAGUCACUUUCAAGUUAUCCAAAUUAUUACUUUCUGGUCAAUAAAGUUUUCAUGGUUGAUAAGAAAA